AUGUCCCUGGACUACCCUCCUGUCUUUGACAACCCCGCCUCCAGCAGCUCGUACUUGGGCUCGCAGUUCUUCAACUUCGAAGGCUCCUACAACCAGGCAGACCUCAUGGGCCUUCCCCAGAAUAGCACCAGCGGCGAGAACGUAGCAGUAGCAGCUGUAUCGGCCGUCCAAUCGUCGCCCGUAGAUGAGAACUCAUCGACUAUUAAUAUCAACACGAUUAACAACAUCAACGCCAACGGCAACGCCAAUGCGUCUUCUACUGGUAAUGCGGCCAAUAACGCUAACAACACCAUUGACCCGCUCUUUGACUACCUGGCUUCCUUUGCCGGACUCGGAAAUAACAAUACCAUAGCCUCGGGAAACAGUAACAUCUCGCCCAUCACAGUGAUUCCCGAACUGCUCCACAUCAACGACGAGAUCUUCUUCAACAACAACUACCAGUUCACCAACGGAGCAGUCGGUUCCGGCACCGGCCUGACCGCUCAGUAUGAUACCCACAAUGACGACAUGGCUAGCAACAUGUCCUCUACAAACUCAUUGAACAACUACUUCCAGAGACUGAACCAGAUGAGCGCACCAGGCUAUUCACCACAACUCUUACAAUCCAAAGCAGCCGGUGGCAGCAACCAGAAGUUGCACCAGCAGUUCCAGCAACAGCAGCAGCAUCUUCUCCAGCAGCAGCAGCACCAGAUCCAGCACCAGAUUCUACUGACACAACUGUAUCCGUUGUUGAAUAGUAACUAUACUACUUCCAAUAACAAUAACAUCAAUAAUGUCAGCAGCAGUAACAAUCAUAUCAACAGUAAUAGUAAUACUACUAAUACUAAUUCUACCAAUAGUAAUAGUAAUACCACCAAUACUGCCGGUAAACCGUCUUCUUCACUGCUGUCGUUCUCUUCCUCUUCUUCUAACUCGAUGGUGCCUUCCGCUGCUGCCACCACUCCAACAAUCUCGGAAACCAGUGUCUUUACAGCUACGACUCCUUCUAUACAUGCGGCAAAUGCUGCACAGUUUCUGGCGCAAGUCGUAACGCCGCAGUAUACCAUCAAUCGCCAGUUGAGACACAACUCUACAUCAGUCCCGGUCGACCAAUUGACGCUGCUCUCGCUCAAGUCGCUUUCGACACCUACCUCAGCUACAGGUUUAGGCUUGGGGUUGCAAUCCCUUCCACAAAAUCAGCAGCUUCAGCAACAGCCGCAGUCUGCCAGAAAAUCACCUUCUCCAGACUAUUACUACACUUCCAACGUAUCACCGGUAAUAGACGAGACGCCGGAAGAAAGAACCAUCAACCCCCGUCAACUCUUCACUUCCAGCAGUAAGAUCCCCACGUCUAUGUCGUCGCCAACACUAUCGACAUUAUUCUCAAGCUACACUAACAACAACAAUGGUAACAGUAGUAUUAGUAACAAUAAUAGCAACAGUAGUAACAACAAUACUAGUAAUAAUGCUGUCAGUAUGAAUGGCAUUAGUGCUACGCUCAGUUCCCAAAAAGUACCUCCUCAGAAUCGUUUGUUUUCCCUGAAUAUCCCAAACUUGGCCAACCUGGCCACAUCCAACGUCGCGAACUCCAACGGCACCCCAUUGGCAACUAAUAGACUGGACUUGCAGUUGGACUUCAAGAUGAACGACGAAUGCUACAACGCCAUCACGUACUGGCUCAACAACACUCUUUCGUCUACUGCACGUGACGACUUGAGCAACGUUGACAUGAACAACUUGGACGAUGUUGCUGCCAAAAUUAUGGUGAACCCCACGGGAAUUAUCAAGGGUAACAUCCAGAACUUCUCCAAGAACCGGUCGCACUCGUACUCUGCGACAUCCAACAACGGUAUGUAUCGUCGUAGGAAUUCUGUCCAGUCGCCCACCGUUUUGGAAUCGUUCCCCCAGCUGCUGAGUCUGGACAUCCAGAUGCAGAAAUUGCAGCAGUCGCAGCAAAUUACGCAACAGAUGAUCGACACCUAUUCUGCUGGCCAGAAGAAGAAGAGGAGAAAGUCAAGUGUCAGCUACGAUAGCACCAUAAACGUAAACGUAGGCACUAUGAACUCUGUAAACAACACCGUCUUGAGACUGUCUCCUACUCAGGGAUCACCUAACAUUUCACCCACUACUUCUAACGUUCUUUUUGCUCCAGGUAGUUCUGUCAAGUUGGAAAGCGUUCCGGAUUUGGAGCCUCGUCGAGCCAGAAAGAGCUCUCCGGCCAAAGAAAACUCUGAUAGUCCUACGGCUGCAGCAGGAACAUCGCCAGAAAAGUCGAAAGCAGUAGCUGCAGGUGUUCCUAUGACUCCGAAUAAUAACGGAGCAUUCUCAUGUACCGAAUGUGACAAGCAGUUCAAGCGGUCGGAGCAUCUUAAGAGACACAUCCGGUCGGUGCAUUCCAAUAUUCGUCCGUUCCACUGCAAAUACUGCGAGAAGAAGUUCUCAAGAUCGGACAACUUGGCCCAGCACUUGAAGACGCAUUACCGGGUCGAUUCUGAGGGGAACACCAAUAUCAUCUACGGCAACCCGAAUAACCAUUCGCGGACAAACAGUUCGGGUGCUCCUGCAGUAGUAGCCAACCAAGGCAAGAAAAAGUAA